AAUGUAUGGCUGUAUUCAGUGUUUCUGUUUCAUUCACUGCAAUAAAGAGGGUUUCAUUUCAAAAGCAUCAUCAGACAUUCAGUUUUGUACAAAUUGUUUACUGUAUUAAACUAUUAAUGUAUAUUUCGGGGAAACACAAAUCUGUGUGUAAACGGCAGAUGUAAAUCUAUUAUUUAAAUAAAUCAUGUAAAUAUCCUUAUAAGAGAGCUGUUUUCAAUAUUAAAUAACAAUUCUGAUGUUUAUUUAUUUAUUUACUUAUUUAUUUAAAGGUCUAGGCUACAUAAAUAUGGUGGAAAACGUUGUCUGGUACAAUCUAAAUUAAAAAUCAUAUAAAAAACGUGCUUAUUUUAAUAUGUUAAUUAUUUUCAUAGAAUAUCACAAUAAUGGAUAACUUAUGCGUUUAUUAAUUAAUACCAAUAAUUUAAGGGCGAAACAAACAAGCGCGCAACCAUGGCAACGUACCACAGCAACAAUGGCAGCUAAGACAGAGAACAGUAAAACCGACACGGAUCAAAACCAACUUGUUGAACUUGUGAAGGACUUAAAACGCUCCAAUGCAGCGCUACAAGCAGAGAUCGAUAUGUGUGAGCGAUAUGCGGAGACUUUAAUCGAAACAGCACCACAGAUGGAAAUGGCAACGAGUCCAGGAAAGAAAACUAAAGUGUGCACUCCAGAGAAACAACAGCUCCUGACACUGGAACAGAAAUGUGAUGUCGCCCAAAGCGUGCUUAAACAGAUGACUAAGGAUUUGAAUAGAGCGAAAGACCAUUCAGAAAGAGAGCUGGACAAUUACAAGGCAACUCUGGAAGAAGCUGAUAUCCAUUUGGCGGAGGUUAAAAAAGAAUGUUGCCAGUUUGACCGCGACAUCUGUAAAGCACUGCAGGACAAAAAGUGUUUGACAAUGACUGCCGAGAAGGUCGUCAGAUACAUUGAGGACAAAAUAAGGGCCAAGGAGAACUUGAUCGAGAAGUUGCAUCGGAAGAAUACGGCACUCCUCGAACACAAGAAAAAACUACAGGUCAAGCUAAAACAACAGGAGGAGAUGUGUGAAGGGCUGACAGCGUCAGACUUAGAGAAGCUCAAGUUGGACAACCUCAGAACUCGUAAGCGAUUGGAUGAGCUAAACCAAGAACAUUUGGAUCUCAAACUGCUUGCAGCGAAUACCUUCCAGGCCUUGAAUUCUAAUAAGAAGAAGCUUCUGACCUUGACACACGAGUCAGAUAUGCUGAGCAGUGACAUUGCUUUACGGAUGAAGUUACUGGUUAAGAUUGAGGACGAGACCAAGCAAGCAGAGGAGGAACGAAACAAAGCAGAGGCUCUGAACAGGAAGUUGAGGGGCCAGUUGGCCAGCUAUCACGUACCACAUGUCCUACAAUACAUCAAGGUUAAAGAGUCCCACAGCCAGCUGCAGAAAAUUGUUAAAGAGUGGGAACGCAAGGUAGAGAUCGCAGAGAUGGCAUUAAAAACAUGCACAAAAUCCUGGGACAAGCUUCGGAUCGCUGCUGGAGCCAGACCAGUUCCUGCACGACAUGCAGCCAUAGAUUCUGGAUUGUAUGGGUUCUGACCUAAGAGCUAUUAUGUCCUAAAUAACCUCAAUACCCAAGAAGAUGCCCAUAUAUUUAGCAACUUCUGCUGAAUUUCAGCAUAAAACACAAAGAAAAUAAAUACACAUUAAAAUGACACACAACAAUGCAUUAUUAAUGAAAAGGUUUAUUAGUUAGUGCUGUGUAUAUUAAAUGCUACAUACAGAUAUUUCAGCAUGAAUGUCACAUCAACCGCCACAUGAACUUUUCUGACUAGCUCAUUCACAAUCUACAAUUUGGAAAAAAAAAAAAAAAAGAAAAAAAAAAAAAGCUAAGGAUAAGUAUGUGCGCUCGGAAGUGCAGAUACUUGGAACAGAUUACGGGAACUAACACAGCAGGCAUGCACGGGGUGGAGAGGUCUCAAAACCAUAGAGGAAGGCCAUCGAUCUUAACGUUCCCCUGUGGUCCUGACACGUCUGCCAAGAAUAUAGAUAUUUAUAUAGAGAUUUUAAACAAUAUUAAUAAAAAAUUAAUAUACAAACAUGAAAACAUAAAAAAACACAACAUACUUUUCAAAUCCAACUGCUCUUUGAUUCUUAAUGCCUAUGGUUUUAAAAAAGCCCCUUGGUAUUUAAAACAAUGCAUAAAUAGAUACUAUAAAGGGGAAACAAAUUGGAGGCAAAGGGCUCUGGGGAGAAACUAGACGCCCCUGCUUAAGGCCAGAGUGUCAUUAUCACCUCUAACCCCGCUGUACAGUACUAGGCAAACCUAACUGCAAGAGGGAGAUGUUCCUCAAGGGCCAGUAAUCAACAUGUAAUACUGCAUAAGCAACAGAGCUGAGAAUGUCAUUUUGCCCCAGGUAAAAUGAUGGGAAAUUGCAAUGGUGUGGGAGGGGUAAAGUUAAAAAAAAAAAAAAAAAAAAAAAAACUAGGCAAAUCAAGACUUGAACAGUUCUAUUAAAAUUCAGCUUUGUGGACCAUUACAAAAAGUGGUAGCUUCUUCUAAAAUAAAAAAAAAGGAGAGCAUGUGAUUCAAAAACCAUAGAUUACUCUUGUAUGAGUACCACUUACUCUCUAAAUCAAAUAUGUAUGUUUAAAUAUAUACACAUAUAUGUAUAUGUCAGUUUAAAAAACAAUUUCUCAAAAUAAUGUACUGGUUAUCGUUGGAUGAGUAUGCAACAAACAUUCACUAACAAAAACAUCUGAAUGAUGUGUGUUUAAGUCAAGGCCUUAGAGGCCCAAAACAAUUAUUUUCCCUCCUGGAUUCUGGGGGAAACCGAAAAUCCAUUUUUGAAAGUCUCUGAUUACAGUUUUUAUAAAAGAAAAUAACAGAAAAAAAGACUCACUGUCAUGUUGCGAAAGGCAAAUGACUGCAGGCAAGACAUGGUGUUGGCAGAUUAGAGAUCAAACACAUGGAUAAAUCUAUACAGUAGAGGAAGAAUGACACUUAGGGUACUGUACAACAAGUACAUGAGUUCUGUAAGGGGGAGGGGGGCAAAAACCUUUAUAAAAACAGAGUCAACUUUCACACAACCUUGAACACACCAAUUACAAUCCCAACUACAUCUACAAAGAGGCUGAAAUUAACUUUAAAAAGGCAAAUCAGAAACAAAACGUAAAGAAUGUAUGAAUCAGAACUUCACAUGAUGAAAAGCUACUUAUAAAACUGUGGUGCCGUUUAAGAAAGACAAUGCAAUAUCUAAUGACAGGACUGGUAAACAAGUUGCAUACAUACUAACUAUGUACAUACAGUAAUACAGGAAGCCUUUUCAGGUUAAGCAAUUUUUAGAACAGCUGUACUGAUUCUGGUGGUAAUAUGAACUGUUUGUAUGCAAGUUUACAUUUCUAUAUAGAUUCUAUAUAUUUAUGUAUAAUCUCAGUGAAAUGUAGAGACUGUCUGAGGUCAUUAUACUUCUGCUGGUUAACGAUCUGUCCCGUUUAGGGUGUGGUACAGUACAAUGAUGGUUUUUGGUACAUACCAUUAGUUGCCACGAGGAGAACGUCAACACUGACAUAUACAGACAGUUUCGACAGUUUAUAACAGCACAACUUUGUCCCCCUUUCUGUUUUGUCUUUAGCUGUGGGGUGAACUAAAUGCGCAGAGUAGCCUGCUGGAGGUGCUCCGAAUGUGCGUACAAUG